CGCCCACUUUCCGUGCUAUAUUACCCUUCCCACAGAUGCUGUUUCUCAUCUUUCUUGCUACCACUCUCCUCGUAGCCUUCCUGUCGUCGGCCGGAUCCCAUCUCCCGGAGGUCAAGAUGUUCUUCGGAUGGGGGAAGGAGACGAAGAAAGACAACGCGGUGGUGGAAUCGACGCCGGCGCACACCAACGGGAGUUUUGCGAACGGGAGGAAGGCCGAUCUGGCUGUUUACGAGCAGUUCGAGCAACAGGAACGAGCGACUGGGGCACGGCCGGGAGUCAUUUCGGACGCAGAGAGACCGCAAAGGCCGCUGCUUCCACCUUUUGAAUCUGCAGAAGUUCGAACAUUAGCAGAGACUUUGUGCAGAGAUAUUAUCCGCGGAAGCCCGGAUGUCAAAUGGGAAAGCAUCAAAGGGUUGGACAAUGCCAAGCGCCUCCUCAAGGAAGCAGUCGUCAUGCCCAUCAAGUAUCCCAAGUACUUCACCGGCCUUCUUUCGCCAUGGAAAGGCAUUUUGCUGUUUGGUCCCCCGGGAACAGGAAAGACGAUGCUUGCAAAAGCUGUAGCCACCGAAUGCAAGACCACCUUCUUCAAUAUUUCCGCAUCAUCAAUCGUCAGCAAAUGGCGUGGUGACUCGGAGAAGCUGGUGAGGGUCUUGUUUGAGCUUGCCAGGCACCACGCACCGGCUACUAUUUUUCUGGAUGAGAUCGAUGCAAUCAUCAGCCAACGCGGGGAAGCUCGCAGCGAGCACGAAGCCAGUCGACGUUUGAAGACCGAGCUCCUUAUACAGAUGGAUGGUUUGACGAAGACGAAUGAGCUGGUUUUCGUUCUCGCUGCGACAAAUCUACCGUGGGAGUUGGACGCAGCGAUGCUCCGACGUCUCGAGAAAAGGAUUCUCGUACCGCUUCCCGAACCGGAAGCAAGACGAGCAAUGUUUGAGGAACUGCUACCAUCGGUGCCUGCAAAGGCAGAGGUCCCGUAUGACUGCCUGGUGGAGAAGACAGAGGGCUAUUCGGGCUCCGACAUCCGUUUGGUGUGCAAGGAGGCAGCCAUGCAGCCGCUGAGGAGGUUGAUGUCAUACUUGGAAGACCGACAGCAACGACAACAACAAGAUGAGAAGAUCGACGACGAUGAGCUGCCUCCUGUUGGUCCGGUAACGCCGGAAGAUAUCGAGGUGGCACUGAAGAACACAAGACCGUCGGCCCACCUCCAUGCUCAUCGCUACCACAAGUUCAACGAAGACUAUGGCAGCCAUGUCCUUCACUAGAGAGCUCCUCCGGUUCUCCUUGAACGAUUAACUGCAUUCCUUCCUCCGAACUGUUUUAAGGACUGUCUGGAUUUGAAUUUACUUACGAGAGAGCAAGAUAGAAUAAUCGCAAACGAGAUCUAUCUCCUGUGCUGAUGCCAUGCUUUAUUUGCUCUGUUCAUCGUACAUUUUUCGGUGACAACAACGUUGACUGCA